AUGCUACCAUUUAUCGGAUCUAUCACAAGCAAUUGCUGUUCCAUAUUAACUCAACGAGAAAAAUUUCAAGAAGAUUUGGAGGGUGGUGGAAUAUUGACGAUUGUUGGUUUAACAAUGCCAAACAAAAGACAAAUGUCAAAAGCGCCCAAUGAUAAUGAUCAUUUGCGCUCAUUCGUUGUUGAUGAUUGUGAUGAUGAUGAUGAUGAUGGCAUUAAUAACAUUGAUAGUAAUAUCACCCAAUCAACUGACGAUAACAUUCAAAAAAUUUUAACACGAAGUACGGAAUCAUUAUAUCCGUUCGGUACCGGAAAUCAACAAUCAACAACAAUGCGACGUCUGUCGCAUAAUCUUAACAACGAACGACGUCGAUCUUUGCUAUGGAUACGACCAACGACAGAAGAAAUAAUAGCCAGAGCAAGUCAUCGUAUCACAGAAGAAUCGAAAUUAUAUCAUCGUGAACAAUUUAAUUCUACUAGAGGUCUGUCUGUCUCUAAUUAA